AUGUAUGGCAGGUACUCCAUUGCCUUUGCCUUCAUGUUCGUUUCGGUGUUGAUGACAUAUCCAGCUACAAUAGCGAUUAUUGCUGAAACGUUUGGCCAGUACCUGAUCGAAGGUUUGAAGCAGGUUUAUGAGAUUGACGAGGACUGGAUUCCACUGGCGCAGAAACUUUUCGGCUUCAUACUCGUCACGUGGAUGAACUUCUUUAGUUUGAGCAGAUUCGCUUCCAGGUUCCAAAUAGUUGCAACUGCUGCAAAACUA